AACAACAUCGUUAAAACACUUUGAUCUGCUGUUCUGUCAUUUGGAUUCAUGCAGCCAGAAUUAAAAACCUUGACUGAGAUAUGGAUCCUGCAGUCCGUCAGGGGUGGAAGAGGAGUUUUAGGAGCUGAUGAUGUUUCUCCAGAGCAGAUCCGUCUUUUAGCAUUUUCUCCUCAUCCUGCUGGUUCUGUGCUGCUCAGCGGAUCCUGAUGCAAAGUUCAUAUCUCCGUACUGCUCGAGCUGAGCACCAACUCAGUGUUUUGCUGGAAACUGGCUUGAGGACUCAGUAUUUGUCAGUAUCUGUGGAUAAUCUGGCAGAACCAUGGCGAAGUCUGGAUAUGGCUACUAUCGGACCACUAUUUUUCUUGCCAUGUUUGUGGGCUACACAUUGUAUUACUUCAACAGGAAGACAUUUUCCUUUGUGAUGCCUUCCUUAAUGCAGGAGAUCAAGUUGGAUAAGGACGACUUGGGUCUUAUCACCAGCAGCCAGUCACUGGCCUAUGCUAUCAGCAAGUUCAUUAGUGGGGUGCUCUCCGAUCAGAUAAGUGCAAGAUGGCUUUUCUCCAUUGGCCUCUUCAUGGUGGGUGGCAUCAACGUGCUGUUCUCGUGGUCCUCCACUGUGGCUGCGUUCUCUGCCCUCUGGUUUCUGAAUGGACUCGGCCAGGGCCUGGGGUGGCCCCCAUGUGGGAAAGUAUUGCGAAAGUGGUUUGAACCAUCUCAGUUUGGGACCUGGUGGUCAGUCCUAUCCUGUAGUAUGAACUUGGCUGGAGGACUGGGUCCAAUUAUCGCCACCCUCCUGGCUCAGAGCUACAGCUGGAGGUCAACACUGUCCGUCUCUGGAAUGACCUGCGUGGUCAUGUCCGUCUUCUGCCUGCUGGUGAUCCGUAAUGAGCCAAGUGAUGUCGGUCUCCGCAAUAUUGAUGCUGGUGCAAAGAAGGGCAAAGCAGGGUCCAGCAGGGAUGACAGCACACUGAAAGAGUUCCUCCUGUCCCCUUAUCUGUGGGUACUGUCGCUAGGCUACCUGGUGGUAUUUGGGGUCAAGACUGCUUGCACAGACUGGGGACAGCUAUUCCUUAUCCAGGACAAGGGCCAGUCAGCACUGAUGGGUAGUUCUUACAUGAGUGCUUUGGAGAUUGGAGGGCUUCUGGGAAGUUUAGCAGCUGGAUACCUGUCAGACAGGGCUGUGGCACGGCAAGGACUGCGUGCAUACGGUAACCCCCGUCACGGCCUCCUGCUCUCCAUGAUGGCAGGGAUGUGUGUCUCUAUGUACCUCUUCCGAACAACUGUUACACAGGAAAGCUCAAAUGUUUGGAUCCUCUCUCUUGGUGCUGUUUUUGGCUUCUCCUCUUAUGGACCAAUUGCUCUGUUUGGAGUCAUCGCCAACGAGAGCGCUCCCUCUAACUACUGUGGGACUUCACAUGCUAUUGUUGCCUUAAUGGCAAAUGUUGGAGGUUUCCUGUCUGGGUUACCAUUCAGCACCAUUGCAAAACACUAUGGCUGGGACAGUGCAUUCUGGGUAGCAGAAGUGACUUGUAUUAUUACAACCAUUGGCUUCUUUCUUUUACGUAACAUUCAAACCAAGAUGGGAUGCCCUCUAAAGAAGACUGAUUGAGCACACAGAACAAAGCAGAGACUCCACUGCUCUUAUUUUCUAUAAACAAAGGUUGGAACGCGUUCUCUUUAAAAUCAACUCUACAUUCAAUGCUGUAUUUAAUAAUAUGGAACCUCAAGAAAUGUGUAUUGAAGCUGUCAUUUCUCAGUUUGUUACCACUGGGAAAACAAAUUCAGAACUGCUUGUAACUUAGACUCAACUGCUGUAAGUCAAAGAUGUACAUCUUUUCUCUUUUUGCCAUGAUUUUAUUGUGAAUGGACCAAUAGAAAUGUUCCAAAAUAAUCUUUUUCCAUUGACUUCCAUUGGAAGUUAUGAUUUUUUUUCUUCUGAUGUAAAAGUGCCAUUAAUAAAAGAAAUUUGGGUGACAGGAA